AUGAACAAAGACACAAUUCUCAGCCUAACAAAAUCCACAAAUAUUCAAGGUCUGAAACUUUCUGUCUUAUCUCACCUUGCAGAUCACCCUCAUCUAACAGAUAAUCUUAUCGGUGAGCUGCAAUUAUCUUUAUCCCAUUUCAUCAAGCAAGGCUACACAACUAAAAAUUUCACCGAAGUCGGGAUUAUUCUUGACUUAGUCACAUGACUAUAUGAAGAAAAAAAAAUUGACCUGCUUCAAUGUUUAUCAGUUAUCGAAGAUACCUUUGAGAAGCUUGACACCUUACAUAUAGAAGAAUUUUUCCCUCAUUUAGAAAAAUUAGGCGCCAAACAAAUCGUAUCAUUUACUUUAGACUGAGGAAAAAGCGAAAACAGUGAUGCUGAGGAUCAACAAUAGCCUUUUAAAGCGGCUAAGCAAAAGAUGCCAAGCCAAAUUCAGGUUUCGUGUGCAGCUGCUGCUAGCGUCUUCAAUUGCAUUGAUUUCUGAACGGUCUGGCGUUAAUUUUAAAGGAAACUUUGCAAGCAGGGCGACAAAAACCCAGAUUAGCAAUGAUACAGUGUUUUCUUGAAUCCUCAAUGUUUUGAGUUUUUCACGUGAUCCGAUCACCCUUUUUAAGGAUUCAGAUAAAUUUGACAGAUGUUUAGAGCAUAUAGAAAACCUCCUGGAGCACUUCAAGACCAUUAAUAUUGAAAAAUCAAGCAUGGCUUUUUAUCUUCCUGAAGCCAGGCUAUUUGAAUUCCAAGUAAAAGACUCAGAGUUCAUAUGCUUUAUCGUCACUUUAAUUAUGCUGCUAGCUCAAACUUUAACGUCACCUGCAAACCAAGUACAAACUUCUGUGUUUAUCUUAAGCGAAUUACAAAAAAACAAGCUGGGAUCAAUUGUACUGAAAUCUAAAGACAUUUUAAAUGAAAUAAACCCACCCAUACUAAAAAUCAUAUACAAUUUCGCAAAACUGAUUAAUUUGACUGAAUUUUUAGUAUUAAUUUUACCAUAAAAAAGGCUUUAAAAGCAGUAUUUAGAUGUCUAUCCUUUUAAAAUUAGCAUAGAAUCAUCACUGAAUAAUGAGCUAUUCUGGGUUAAGUGGAAACUAAACCAAUGCCAAGCUUUUGAAAAAGAAAGCUGCAUUGAAGUCCCUUCUAAACAUGAAAUUGAGCUUGAAGAAGGAGAAGUUGGGAAUGACGAAGUCAAGACAAAUAAAUCUGAGCCUCUUUUUGAUGAAUAUUUACAAGAGCCGACUAUGGAGAACUACUUGGAAAGAGUUUAUGCAGAUUUAGACCCUGACGAAGGGAUUGAAGAAGAAUAUAAAUGCAAAAAAGACCCUGUCUACUCUUGGAGACUAUUAAGGCUAGUUUCUCAAAAUAGAAUUGAUAUUUUUGGCAGGCUGGAUAAUAUUGAUGUAGAAAAAGUUGCCAUUGAAAUCAAAAAAGAUGCAGGAGAAUGGGUAGAGCCAGAGGAAAAUGGAGAAAAAGAAGGAAGCAAUAUUGAUAUUGUAGAUGAAAUUAUGGAAGAGUCAAAUAAUGGAUUUUCAGAAGAAAAAGAAAAUGAGGAAAUGAUAAAAGGAGUUGAAAGUGAAGGGUUUGAGGAAGGAGAAGAAUUAAAAGAUGAAGAAAAUGAUGAAGAGGAAGGAAUGGAAUUAGAAAAAGAGGUAAAAGAAAAAGUUGAAAAAAUUGAGAGCAAAAGAGAAGGGAUGGAAUUAGAAAAAGAGAUAAAAGAAAAAGCUGAAAUAAUUGAGAACAAAAGAGAAGGGAUGGAAUUAGAAAAAGAGAUAAAAGAAAAAGAUGAAAAAAUUGAGAACAGAAGAGAAGGGAUGGAAUUAGAAAAAGAGAUAAAAGAAAAAGCUGAAAUAAUUGGGAACAAAAGAGAAGGGAUGAAAUUAGAAAAAGAGAUAAAAGAAAAAGAUGAACAAAUUGAGAACAGAAGAGAAGGGAUGGAAUUAGAAAAAGAGAUAAAAGAAAAAGCUGAAAAAAUUGAGGACAAAAAAGAAGAGAUAGAAAUUCAUGAUAUAAUUGAAAUAGAAGAUAGGAAAAUAAAUGAGAAUGCUGAAAAAAUCACGAGCAAAAGAGAGGUUAUAGAAAUUCAUAGCUCUCCAAGAAAGUCGCCUAAAAUGGAUGAAGAGAAAACAAAAACUGAAGAAAAAGAAAAAAUUAUAAGCAAAAAAGAAAUUUAUAUAUCUUCAAGAAAGUCACCUAAGAGAGAGGAAAAAAUAAGAGAAUCAGAACAAUUCAAAAAAAAUGCAAAGGAGAUACAAGAUUUUUCAAGAAAAUCACCUAAGAAAGAGGAAAAAGAAGUCGAAAAAAUCCCAAUCAAAAGAGAAGGGAAAGAAAUUCAUGAUUCUCCCAGAAAAUCACCCAAAAUUGACAAGUCUUCAUAA